UAGUCUUUCGUCUCUUCUCUUCAGCAGAGCUUUGCUCCUUCUUGUUCUUGUUCUUGUUCUUCGUCUUCCUGUUCCUCUUUCUUUGUUUCUGUUAGUAGGUGACGUUGUGCGGUGGAAGAGAGGAAGAGGGUGAAUUGCCCUACCUGCAUGUCAGUGUAUUGUGUUGACACCUAUUGCGGCGGUGGAAUCGGCGAGAUAGCGAACCCUUUGCAAUGGCCUCAGCUCCGCAAAAGGCGACGCCACAAUCGUGCUGUCCCCCCGGCGGCGGUGAAUCCUCCCGCCUUGCCUCCUCCGCUGCCGCCUUGCCGCCGCCGCAAGGCUGGAUCGACGAUCGCCCCGCCGCUAACACGGUCACCGUGAUCCGCCCCCUCGAUACGCUUCAAGAAUCUUCCACCAAUGCCACUUCUGCUAAGGGAAUCAUUCCAAUGAUAAGGGCCCAGUCAAGCCACCCUUUGGACCCUUUAUCCGCAGCUGAAAUCUCUGUAGCAGUGGCAACUGUUAGGGCUGCUGGAGCAACUCCUGAGCUUAGAGAUAGCAUGCGCUUCAUCGAAGCAGUUUUGCUGGAACCAGAUAAACAUGUCGUUGCACUGGCAGAUGCUUAUUUCUUUCCACCUUUCCAACCAUCGUUACUUCCUAGGUUGAAAGGAGGGCCUGUAAUUCCCACCAAGCUCCCUCCAAGAUGUGCUAGACUUGUGGUUUACAAUAAGAAAUCAAAUGAGACUGCUGUGUGGAUUGUUGAAUUAUCACAAGUGCAUGCAGUAACACGAGGUGGUCAUCACCGAGGGAAAGUAAUUUCAUCAUAUGUUGUUCCUGAUGUUCAACCUCCAAUGGAUGCUGUUGAAUAUGCAGAAUGUGAGGCUGUUGUUAAAAGUUAUCCUCCUUUUAUAGAGGCUAUGAAGAAAAGGGGUAUAGAUGACAUGGACCUUGUAAUGGUUGAUCCCUGGUGUGUUGGGUAUUACAGUGAAGCUGAUGCUCCUGGUCGAAGACUUGCUAAACCACUCUUAUUUUGUCGAUCUGAGAGUGACUGCCCUAUGGAAAAUGGUUAUGCCCGCCCAGUUGAGGGAAUCUAUGUUCUUGUUGAUAUGCAAAACAUGGUAGUGAUUGAGUUUGAAGACCGCAAACUUGUUCCUCUGCCUCCGGUUGAUCCCUUGAGGAAUUAUACUCCCGGAGAAACCAGAGGUGGAGCUGAUAGAAGUGAUGUAAAACCCUUGCAAAUUAUUCAGCCUGAAGGUCCAAGCUUUCGUGUCAAUGGGUAUUAUGUUGAAUGGCAGAAGUGGAAUUUUCGUAUUGGAUUCACCCCCAAAGAAGGUUUGGUCAUAUAUUCUGUUGCAUAUGUUGAUGGAAGUCGAGGACGAAGGCCUGUUGCUCAUAGGCUGGCUUUUGUGGAGAUGGUUGUACCCUAUGGCGAUCCAAAUGACCCGCAUUACAGAAAAAAUGCUUUUGAUGCUGGGGAAGAUGGCUUGGGGAAAAAUGCACAUUCUCUCAAGAAGGGGUGUGAUUGUUUGGGCUACAUCAAAUAUUUUGAUGCUCACUUCACUAAUUUCACUGGUGGAGUGGAAACAAUUGAAAAUUGUGUAUGUUUGCAUGAAGAGGAUCAUGGGAUUCUCUGGAAACAUCAAGACUGGAGAACUGGCUUAGCAGAAGUCCGAAGGUCUAGAAGACUUUCAGUUUCUUUUUUAUGUACUGUGGCUAAUUAUGAGUAUGCAUUCUUUUGGCACUUUUAUCAGGAUGGAAAGAUUGAAGCUGAAGUCAAGCUAACUGGAGUUCUCAGCCUAGGAGCCUUGAUGCCUGGAGAAUUUCGAAAAUAUGGUACUAUGAUUGCACCGGGUCUCUAUGCUCCUGUUCAUCAACACUUCUUUGUUGCUCGUAUGGACAUGUCUGUUGAUUCUAAACCCGGUGAAGCAUUGAAUCAGGUUGUGGAGGUAAAUAUGAAAGUAGAGGAGCCUGGUGAGAAUAAUGUUCACAAUAAUGCGUUCUAUGCUGAAGAGACUUUGCUUAGAUCUGAAUUGGAAGCCAUGCGAGACUGCAAUCCUAUGACUGCUCGACAUUGGAUUGUAAGGAACACAAGAUCUGGCAACAGAACCGGACAAUUGACAGGCUACAAGCUAGUACCUGGCUCAAACUGCUUGCCUUUGGCACGUUCUGAGGCCAAAUUUUUACGAAGAGCUGCUUUCUUGAAGCAUAAUCUGUGGGUAACAAAGUAUUCACACGAUGAAAUGUUUCCUGGAGGAGAAUUUCCUAAUCAAAAUCCACGUGUUAGCGAAGGACUAGCUACAUGGGUUAAGCAAAACCGAUCUUUGGAAGAGACUGAUAUAGUUCUUUGGUAUGUAUUUGGAAUCACCCAUGUUCCUCGCCUAGAAGACUGGCCUGUUAUGCCAGUGGAGCGCAUUGGUUUUAUGCUCAUGCCUCAUGGAUUCUUCAACUGUUCUCCUGCUGUAGAUGUCCCACCUAAUACAUGUGUAGUGGAUUCUAAAGACAAUGACAUUAAGGAUAAUGGUGCUUCGAAGACUAUUCCGGGUGCAUUAGCGGCAAAGCUUUAGUCGCUUAAUCCCAUCAAGAGUUAUGUCUUUGCGCUGCUGAUAGAGACAUGAGUGCUUGUUUGGCAUCCACUAAAACAUGCGCAUCAUAUAUUUGAUUUUUUGAGUUUAUGUUAAUGUUGGAACUUGGGAAGUUAAGCCAUAGGCUUAAACAUCAACUAGCUUAUAUUUGUCUUAGUAUCUGAGUGAAUUAUGGUUUCAAAGCAGACACUAAAGUACUGUGGCUUAAAAUAAAUGGUUCAUUACUGUGUGUGUAA